CCGACUUCAUUUUGUCGUGAUAUCAUCACCGCCGACCAAGUCUAGCCGACAAUUGACUCGGGAUUGUUGGAACUACUGGUCCCUCCAUUGUCCGCCACGCGAUAUCGAUGCGGCACGCGCGACCAUAUCCUUUCCACCUUCCCACUACAUACCAUUAAUUGAAUCAGAAGCCACGCGUACCCUCGAGCGAUCGAACUCUUUCGGACAUUCCGUGAUAAAUUUCGGUUUUCCCAAUCGUCAGCCGUUACAGUUUAUCCUCCCAGCCCGCGAUGCCCACCAAAGAUACCAAACCCGCGCCCGGGUCCGAUGCGUCGCCUGAAAUCACGGGGCAGAGCUCUCUUCCAAUUUCUCGUAUAAAGAAGAUAAUUCAGCUGGAUGAUGAUAUUGUUCAGUGUUCGAGCAAUGCGACAUUUGUAGUCGCGAUGGCUACUGAGCUCUUCAUUCAAUACAUCACGGAGCAAGGGCAUAAUGUCGUCAAAUCAGAACGGAAGCCAAGGAAGACUAUCCAGUACAAGGAUCUAGCGACGGCCGUUUCGCGAAUAGACAACCUCGAGUUCCUCGCCGAUGUUAUACCAAAGACGACGACAUAUAAACAGUUCAAGGAGAAGCGAGCGAAGGAAACGGCCAAGGAACUUGAGGUCGAAAAAGGACAACGCACGUUGAAUGGAGCAUUGCCGCCGGUCGCUGAUGUGGCCGAGGAGACUGCGAAUGGGAAAGAGGAUCCCUCACUGGCUCGAAGUUCAAGACCCCCAACCGUCACGAUGCUGGUGGAUGGUGCUUUGGACUCGCAGGCUAAGGAUGACGACGUAGAAAUGGCAGAUCAAUGACUGGGUUAGAGAAAAGCGAGCGGGAGCAACUCCAGGAGUUUUUUGGGGCUUUUAUUUUGGGUUAUGGGUUGCAUUAGCUUGUAUAUUAAUCGAUUGGCAUUGUCAUGUCUCGUAUGGUUUGAUGAAAUGUUCCAUGAUACCUUAAUCGUAUGACGAUUCCGAAACUGGAAAUCUGCGGCAUAACCACCAAAAAUUCCACAUUCUACCAUUGUCGGUUCCGACUGAGUAGUAAAUGUCAACUUCAUGGAUCCAAGCGAUAAAUGUAGAUUUCAGAAUAGAUAGUGCAUGAAGAGGAGUUGACGCUGAUUGUGGUGGUUUGGGGGUGGGCCCGGCGGCCAAUCAGGAAGCGAGUAUUUCCGAAUCGCUUUUCGUGAAAGCUCGACCUGAAGCCGGGAGGCCGUCGGAACUUCGACC